AUGAAUGCAUAUAACACAGACGGUAGAUAUUUAUUGAUAAUUUAUGAAAAAGUAUUUAAAGUAAUUUACAUAAAGAAUUUAAAAGAUAAGAAAGAUGAGAACGUUAAGGUGCCCGCAUUAUUUAUAUAUCGAAAGAAUGGGAAAUGUUUAGAGAAGAGAAUAUUAAAAGAGAAGAUAAGAAAAAAGAGUAAAAAAUAUGGAAAUAUAUUAAAUGAAUUAAUAAUAGACAAUUUAAUAGGUACCAUAGAGUUUAGGAAUGAGCUAUUUUUAUUUGUAGUAGAAAAAUGGAGAUUAUUAAGUAAAUUUUAUUAUAUGGAUAAAUAUAGAAGUAUUUAUAAAAUAGAGAAGGUCCAUUAUAUACCAUAUAAUGUAGAUAUCAUACCAAUAAAUACUGCAAUAAAUAAUAGUUUAAAUAUAGAUGACAAUUCGAAUAAUUAUUUUAUAAAUAAUGUAAAAAAUAAUGAGGAUAUAAAUAAGAAUUUUGAAAUAAUAGACAACUCAAUCAAUUUCGAAUAUAACAAUAAUAAUAAUAACAACUUUGGAAUAAUUACAGCAUCUUCUCUAAAAACAAAUGACGUUGUAAAUAAGUCUGAUGAUAUUUCAUAUGAUUUUUUUAAUACGAACAAUAAAAAUAUAAGUAGCUGUCAAGGUAAUAAUUCUAAUAAAAAUGUGACUUUGAAAAAGUCCGGCAAUUUAGAAAAUGAUAAGAAAGACAACAUUUUAAAUGAUUUUGAGGUAGUGGAUAAUAUUAAUAGUUAUAAUUCUUAUAAAAAUAAUAAUAAUUAUAAUAAGAAAGAAGAAAAAAAUAAGAAAAUUCUUACCUUCAAUAGUGCAAAAAAAUGGCUUACGACUCAAUUUAAUCAUAAAAAUAUUUUAAAUAUUAUAUCAGAUAUAACAAAUUAUGACAGCAAGAAUGUUAAUGAAAAUGAUCGAACUGUGGGAAAAGUACAAAAUGAAUUAGAAAAGGAUAAUAAUAGUUUUUUAAAAAAUGACAAAGCAUCUACAUCAUCUUAUAACACAUCUGCAUGUAAUAACACUAAUAAAAUAAGUACUCUUUUUAGUUCCCAUACAAAUAUAUCGACAAAUGAUGAAAAUAUAUCUAUUAAUAAAAGUGACAAGGAUAGCUAUCCACCAAAUAAUAAUAUUAACAAUAUAAACAAUAUUAACAAUAAUAAUAAUAAUAGUAGUAGUAAUAGUAAAUGUAAUAGUAAUAACAAGAAUCUGAAUAUUCAUAAAUCUAUGAGUUCACAUACCAAUAUGAGCAUACAUAAAAAUCUGAAUAUUAACACAAAUAAAAUGACACACCAUCACAGCAAUAAUAAUAAUAUGAAACAAUCUAGUGGGGAAAAAAAUACAACAACCACUAAAGAUACAAUUAGAAAUAAUUAUAAUAAUGAUACGUUAAAUAAAAUGAAUUUUAAUAGUGUCGAGAAUUCCUUGAGCUCUAUAUAUGAUGAAGAUAAUUUAAGUGAAUCCAAACCAGAUACUGCAAAUUAUAGUUCAAAAGUUCACACAAGUUUAAUUGAUAAUACAUUUUUUAAUAAAGAAGGAAAUGGAAAGAAGGAGGAAUUAACUAUACUUGUAAAUAAUAAAAAUAUUGUAGACAGUGAAAAUAAUAUAUUAAUUGGUAUAAAAAAAGAUGAAGAAAAAAUCAACCAAAGGAAUUCUAUGUUUGAUCAAGAUAAUGAAAAUAACAAAAAAAAUGUAUUGGAUAAGAAGAAUAUAAAUAAUAAUAAUAAUAAUAAUAAUAAUAAUAAUAACAAUUUAUUGUAUAUAAAUAAAAAUGAUGUACAUGAAAAUGAUGUUAAUAAAAGGAAUUCACGUGAUAGAAAAUUUUCAGAGGUUUUAUCAGAAGAUAAAAAAGGAUCGAACGCUAGUAAUAAAAGUUCCAUAAAUGUAGUUAAUAAUAAUAUAAAAGAUCUUAUUAAUCAUUCAUAUUUUAAUGUUAAAGGUAAUCCAAGAAUGCAAGAAAAUAGUGAAAAGAAAAAUUCGUAUUCUUCGCUUUUUAAAAAUGAAGAUGUUCGAAAUGAUGAGAAAAAGAAUAAUUCUAAAAUGGAUAUACAUAAAUAUUUAAAAACUAUUCAGAAAUUAUUAAGCGUCCAUAUGUAUUAUUCGUAUGAUUAUGAUUUAACUCAAUGUAUUCAAAAAAAAGUAAAAAAUAAUAUAGAAGAGGUCGAAGUGGAACCAUUGGUAUAUAAUACUCGUUUAAAUAAUUUAAAUAAUAAAAAGAAAAAAUCUUUUUUAAAAAUGUGUGAAAAGAAAUAUGUGUGGAAUUACCAAAUGAUAAAGAAGAUGAAAAAUAAAUGUAAAAUUGAUGAUAAUUGGUUCUGUUCUAUUAUACAAGGAUAUAUAUCUUAUACAUCUAUCGAAAUAAAUAAAAAAUGUUUAGAACUACUUUUAAUAAGUAGGAGGUCUUCUAUUUUGGGUGGAACUCGAUUUAAUAAACGAGGUAUAAAUGAUGAUGGAUAUGUAGCUAAUUAUGUGGAAUCUGAACAGAUAGUUCGUAUUAAUAAUAGAAAUAUUAAUUAUGUGGAUAAGUUUGAUCAAGUAAAUAACAAGGAUAAUACUUCUAUGUCUGAUAUAAAUUAUGAUUCAUAUAAAAAUAAAAAUUUUAAAAGUAACAAAGGGGACAUGGACAAAAAUAAUAGUAAUAGAAAUAAUACAUAUAAUAAUAGUAAUGUAUCUAAUGAGAUAUUAGCAUCCCCAAACUUAACACAUGAUCAGGUAAAUCAUUUAAAGGCAAAUAAUAUGCAGGAAAAGGAUAAAAAUAAUAAUUCUUUUGGUUCGUCUCAAGUGGUUGGAGGUAAUAUUUCAACGGAAACGAAAGAGCAAUUUGUUAAUAAGGACAAAAUCAAUCAAGGAGUUUUUGGAACAUAUAAAAUGAAUGAUUCAUAUGAUAAUAAUAAUAAUAAUAAUAAUAAUAAUAAUAAUAAUAAUAACAAUAACAAUAACAAUAACAAUAACAAUAACAAUAGCAGUAGUAGUACUAAUAAAUAUGUAGGAAGAAAUUUUGAAAAUCGAAUUAUAUCACUUGUUCAAAUUAGAGGUUCGAUACCCCUGUUUUGGAAACAACAUUCCAUGUCUUCACAUGUAAAUAUUCAACGAUCAUCCUUAUUAAGUAUUAAAGCAUUUAAAGAGCAUAAUAAGAAAUUAAUUAAUAGUUAUGGUAACAAUAUUUAUUAUAUAAAUUUAUUAAGUCAGAAUAAAAGUAAUGAAAAGAAAUUGACGAAGAAAAUGAUUGAAAUGAUAAAUUUUAUAAAGAAGGAUAAACAUUAUAAAGAAAAAGAUUACAUUAAUUAUAUUGAAUAUGAUUUUCAUAUUUCUGUGAAAAAUAAAAGUUUUGAAGAUGCAAUGAAUGAUUUUAUUAAUAAAAUAUUAUUAAAGGAAAUAAAGAAUGUAUCAUUUUUUAUUGAACCUAUAAAAGUGAGCACGAGUAAUAAUGAAAAUAAAAAUAACAAUAGUACUGAUAAUAAUAAAAAUAAUAUCAAUGAUAACGAUGAUGAUGAUAAUGAUAAUAAUGGUGAUAAGGAUAACGAUGUGAACAAUAUUAAUAUAAAUAAUACUAAUAACAAUAAUAUUAAAAAUAAAGAUUACAGUUAUGAUAAUGGAGAGGGAGAGAAUAAAAAAGAAUCAUCGGGUGCUUUUCAAAAUGGUGUAUUUAGAACAAAUUGUUUAGAUUGUUUAGAUAGAACUAAUGUAUUUCAAUAUUAUUAUGCCUUAUUUUUUAUUUUAUAUAUUUUACAUCUUUCAAGAAAUGAUAUGUUUUUGAAGGCUGUAAAUAAGUCUUAUUUAUGUUAUUAUAAAAAUGUAAAUAAUAUGUGUAAUGAUAAAAAUGUUACUAUAUUAACAACAUUACCUACUGAAAAUUACUUACUUGACUUAUCUGACAAAUAUGCCAUGAAUAGAAAUUAUGAUUAUGUAAAUAAUAAAAAUGAAAAUAUGGGUAUGUUUGAUGGUUUUUCCUAUAUAAUUAAUGAUGGAAGAUUUAUGAAUAAUAAGAAAACAUCUGAUACUGCUGAUGAAUUAAAAAGAUUAGGUUUAGAUCAAAAGAAAGAAAAAUAUGGAAAUUCAAAUGAUAAAGAUUAUAAUAAAGAUGAUAAAAAAAAAGUAGAACAAAUCGAUGAAUAUGUUUAUAUAUUAAAACAUUUAUUUAAAAAAAUGUGGGUAGAAAAUGGGGAUAUUAUUAGUACUCAUUAUACAGGUACAGGUAGUGUUUUUUCUUCACAAAUAAAUGUAGGUAGAUCAUCAUUGAGUACUAAUAUUGAUCAUGCAAUAAAAUCGAUUGAACGAUUUUAUCAAAACAAUUUUGAAGAUAAUUUUAGGCAAGAGUGUAUAGAUAUAAUUUUAUGUAGUGGAAAGUAUAAUAAUAAUAGGAGAUCAUUCUUAGGUUCUGAUUUUACCUAUUUAUUAAAUUGUAAUAAUACAAGUACUGUGAAUAAGGACUCUACCAAUAGUAUGAACAAAUAUGAUGUAAAUAAUAAUAACAACAAUAAUAAUAAUAAAAUUUUGGAUUCGUCCAUGAAUUAUUUACAACAAAAUAAACUUAAUCUUAAGAAUAAAAAAUUAUUAAAAGAGAACCAAGAGAAAGGAAAUAAACAAGAAUCCAAAGUUCUCAGUAAAAGAAAAAGAGCUUUGUUAAAACUGAAAAAAAUAUCCGCUGCAUAUAAUAUUAAUACGCAUCAUAAUUGGAAAAAUUUUAUUCAUAAUACCAAUUCUGUAAAAGAUCAUAUAGAUAAUCCUGGAAAUAAAAACAAAAAUGUAGAUGGAAAUAAAGAGCUAGACAAAAAAGAAUACGAGCAUAAAGCUAAAAGAAUUUUGCAGGAAAUGGACAGUUCAGAUGAAUCAGAUCUGGAAAUAGAAGACAAUAAUGAAUAUUUUUAUUAUAAUGAAAAUGGAAAAAUGGAAAUGUUUGACGAAGGUAUGAUUGAAAAUAUAGAUGAUCAUAAUAUGAAUUAUCCAGUACUUGCAAAACCCAAUGAAUAUUAUGGGGUGCAGGCAGAUGGAAUUGAUGAGGAGGACGAAGAUUAUGAUAACGUAGAUGAAGAAGAAGAGGAUGCUUAUAAUUACGAUAGUAAAAAACAUCUUAAUAUUCCUUACAAUGAUGUAGAAGGGAAAAUUUUAAAAAGUGAUGUUAAUUAUUUAAAUAAUAGAAAUAUGAACGAUUUAUGGUCAAGAACAAACAACAGUAGUAGUAUCAAUAAUACAAUCGAAAUCGAUAGUAGCACUUCUGAUAGUAUAGAAAAGAAAAGAAGAAAUCGAAGAAGAGAAAAAAUGCGAAGAAGAAGGAGAAGACAAAUGAAGAAACUUAAAAAUAGGAGUGAUUCUAUAUAUUUAGAUGAUAUGCAUAAAGAUAAUAAAUAUGUGUAUGGUGUUAAUAAUGAACCUAUUUAUAAUGAUUAUUUAAGUCAUGAUCUUAUAAAUCAAUAUUGUGUAGAUUGUUCGAAUUCGAAAUUUGUGAAUAAUUAUGCAAAGAAAAAAAUUAUUAAUACAGAUUAUGAAGAACGAAUUAUAAAGUUAUGGGCAGGUACAUGGAAUUUAUGUGGAGGAGAUUUGGAGGAAUUAAAUGAUAUAUCAUCAUGGCUUAAUGAAGUUGAUGAUUAUAUUGAUAUGUAUGUAUUUUGUUUCCAAGAAGUGGUCGAAUUAACAGGAUUUCGUAUAUUAAUGAAUAUGAAAGAUAAAUUUAAAGAGAAAAAAAUUGAACAAAUGAUUACACAAACAUUAGGAGAAGUAUCUCAAAGGCAAAAAGAAUUAUAUUUGAGAGGAGAGAAAUAUAAUAAUAAUAGUAAUAAUAUGAAGAUAAAAAAGAAAAGUGCUCAUAUUGUAUCGGAAACACCGUAUAGAAAUGAAAAUCGUAAAAAUUUAUACGCUACCAAUGAAGGAAAAGAGCAAGAUGUUAUAAUGAAUAAUGAUAAUGUUGAUGAUGAAUAUUAUGAAAAUUAUUUAAAAUGUUUUAACGAUGAAUAUAUGAAAAAUGAAAACAACAGAAAUAAUAGUUAUAAUGAUAAUAAUAAAAAAUCAAAUAAUUAUAAAUAUGAUGAUAUGAACAUACUAGCACAACACGGUGAAGAACAAAGAAUUAGAGAGGAUAAUAAUUCAUUGCUUGAUAUAUCAAAAAAUUGUUUUUUAAAUAAUUAUUUUAAUAGUUUAGAGGGCGAUGUUUUAAAUUUAGAUAUAAUGGGUGAGAGGAAGAUGACAUUCUCUAAUUUGAUGGACAUGGACAAGAGGGAGUAUAUUGAUGAUAUGAACAAAUAUAAAGAACAUAAUGAAUAUAAUAAUAUAUCUAAAGAAAUGGAAUAUAAUAACGAUUUUAAUUUAAUAGAUGCUUUAGAAGAUUAUGAUAAUAUAGAAAAUAAACCUAAUAAACAUAACUACAUAAAUGAAGAUUUAUUGAAAAGUAAUGAAACACAUAUAAGUUCCAAUGUGAAGGAUAUUUUUCAAAAUAAAGUACCCAAUAGCUUGAAUAUGAAUUUGGAUGAUAUAUUUAACGAUGAGUUUAUAUCAAAUCCAAAGGAGGAUGAUUAUUAUAUUAAUUCAAAUAAGGGAAAUAUUAGAGGUUCUUAUGUAAUUGAAGAAUUAUAUAAUCGUAAAUAUAAUGAUAUGAAUAAUUUUAAUAUGAAUGAUGAAUUGGAGGAUAAUAUAUUUAAUAGAAAUAAAGAUAUGGAAAUGAAAAUGGCUAGACCGAUGGAUAUGUACGAUAGAAGAGGUAGUCACUCAAAUGAAAUUCAAAAUAAAAGUAGAAAUAUAAAUGAUAAUAUAAAUAUUAACAAUGACAUCUUUGAAAAUAAUGAAGCUAACGCGUUUGAUAAUAGCAGUAAUCAUUUCAGAGUAAAAAAUUACAACUUUACGAGUGUGCAAGAUGUUUUUGAAGAUUGUGAUAUCAAAGUAUUAGGAAGUAGUAAUAAUAAUAUGAUGUAUGAAAGAAGGUAUGAAUCACCAAAAAGGAAAGGUAAAAAUUUUAAUGAAAAAGUAAAAAGGGAAAUACAUAAAAUAGAUGAUUAUUAUGAAAAUGUACAAAAGGAGGAAAGAAAGAAUAAUAAGGGUUUUGCUGCUGGUGGUAGUAGUAGUGGUUAUAAUAAUAAGGAGUUUGACAAAUACUUUUUGAACUUAAGAAAAUUUAAAUAUGUAAAAUUGAAAUCUGUAUCUAUGAUUGGUUUAUUUAUUAUUAUAUUUAUUGAUGAAGCUUUAGUUGAUCAUAUAAGAGAAAUAGAAGUAUGUAAGGUGAAAGUAGGUCUUAAGGGAAAUACAGGAAAUAAAGGAAGUGUAUCUGUUAAAUUUAGAUUAGGAUAUAAUUCCUUCUGUUUUAAUAAUAUUCAUUUAGCAUCUGGUCAAACAAAUAUAUUUGAAAGGAAUACACAAAUGCAGAACAUUUUAAGCAAUAGUUUUCAAAAUCAAGAAUUAAAUAAUUUAUUUAAUUUUGAUUAUUUCUUUGCAUGUGGAGAUUUUAAUUUUAGAAUAAACAAAAAUCUUGAAGAAGUACUUAAAUUAAUAUCUAACAAAAAUAUUAAGCAUUUAUUAAAUUAUGAUCAAUUUAUUUAUAAUAAGAUGUAUAAUAUAUUACCAUUUUGUCUCUUUUAUGAGCAUCCCAUAACGUUUAACCCAACAUACAAAUAUAAGAAACAUUCGAAUAUGUACGACAUUAGGAGAACCCCUGCCUGGUGUGAUCGUGUUUUAAUGAGUGGCAAACUUGUACACUUAUCCGAAAUUGAGAAGAAAAGGAAUGAACAUAUGUCAAGAGAACAUUAUAGGGGACAUAAUAUUAGAAUAGACCAGAGAAAUAAAAGUGAUAUGUUUGAUAAUAAAAGGAAUAAUAUGUCUGAUAAGGAUAUAUUGAAUGAUUUUUAUAAUAAUGAUAAAAUAUAUUUUAAAUAUAUAGAUUAUAAGACACAUAAUAAUUUUUUCUCAAGUGAUCAUAAACCAGUUAGUGCUCUUAUUGAAUUGAAAGUAUUUUUUGAUAAAAAAGAUAUUGAAUAUAAAUUAUUACACUCUUAUAGUAUGAAAACAACAGAUGAAUAUGGAUAUUUAGGAAAAGGCUCAAGUAAUACAAGCAAUAGUAGUAGUAAUAAAAAUAAUAAUAAUAAUUUAUUUGAUUAUUUUUUUUCUAAUGGUUAUGGUAUAAGUAAAUAUACUACUAACCCUAUAUCCCAAAUUCUUAAUUAUUCAAACCCCCUUAAUUCAAAAUAUAAAAAUGAACCGAAUGAGCAUUCGUUUCAUGAAGAUGCCAUAAGAAAUAUUGAAAAUUUUGAGGAAUAUACAAAAUGA